UUUGUUUCAUCAUUUGUUCGCACGGGAGCUUCUUCGUCAGAUGGGUUUCUUGAUAUUACAACUCAAGACAAAAAGAUUUUGCCUUUCUCUGAGGAAAAGCCCGGGAAACAUCUCUUAUGGGUACUCUUCUGGGCUUCUUUAUCUCUUGUUUGGUUCGCUACAUCUGGUGAUGCUAAUGCAAGUAGUGCUGCUGCUGACUCCAUUAGAGCUUCUGGUUUUGGCCUCAAGAUCGCUACUGCUUUAAGGAGCUCUGGCUGGCCCGAUGAGGCUGUGGUGUUUGCUCUCGCUACGCUUCCUGUAAUUGAGCUUCGUGGCGCUAUUCCUGUUGGUUACUGGAUGCAACUCCACCCUCUGUUGCUAACUUUGUUAUCUGUUCUUGGGAACAUGGUCCCUGUGCCAUUUAUUAUACUUUACCUGAAGAGGUUUGCGUCAUUCCUAGCUGGGAACAACGGGUCUGCAUCUCGGUUCCUUGAUUUGCUAUUUAAGAGGGCCAAGGAGAAGGCUGGUCCAGUGGAAGAGUUUCAGUGGCUUGGGCUUAUGCUUUUUGUGGCUGUGCCAUUCCCUGGAACAGGAGCAUGGACAGGAGCCUUCAUCGCUUCCAUUCUUGACAUGCCAUUCUGGUCGGGCCUGUCAGCAAAUUUUGUUGGUGUUGUGCUGGCCGGGCUUCUGGUGAACUUGUUGGUGAACCUUGGUCUCAAGUAUGCCAUUGUUACAGGUAUCAUUCUCUUCAUUAUAUCCACUUUCAUGUGGACUAUCCUUCGAAAAAUUAAGAAGUCUUUGAGCUCAUCAGAUUGAUGUUAAAUUCGCUAUAGAAUAUUUUUUUUUUCAACCAUGAUUGAAAUGACAAUCUCUUUUUAAAAUUUUUUAAUGGCUACUUAGCUGUAGUUGGUAGGAAUUUAUCUCCAUUAUCUGCUAUUUGAUUCUGUCUACACUGCUCUUCAUAACUAUAUACAUGGUCUAUGCAUCCAUCUGGAUGAUUUUUUGCUGCAAGAAAAAGAGACAGAGAUGUACAAAAUGAAAAAUUUCUUUUGGAUAAGGCACUGUGGUGUGUCAGGGUUAUGAAAGAGGAUUAGCUUGUAAUAAUUCCUUAAAAAAAUGGGGAGAAAUAUCAUGAAGAUGAUAUUUAUAUAAUACAAUUAGCUGAGUUUUGUUUCCUGGAAAUUUGAAGUUUUUAUUUAGAAGAUGAAGAUCGAAGUAGGCGUCAUGUAGUUUUGCGCAGACACAAUUAUGCUUCCUGCAAAGAACCAACUGAUAUCUUAUUGCAUCUUUGUGAUAACUUGUGCCUAUCCUUUAGGUCUAGCUUGCCAUUCCCUCCUUUUAUCGCUUUUAUACAUGUGAAGGCAAACUAUCCAAAGAGCCUUGGUGGCACCCCUAACUGAGGUUGUAUUUAGUUGUCUAUGCAAUUAACAGCGCCUGGGCCAAGUGCAUGUAACGGUGGGAAUUUGGAUAGUGUUAAAUGAGUAAGAAUGAUUAUCUCUGUUGCUUUCCAAAUAAUCGAUCAGCCUCUUCCAUUGGUUCAUUGAAGAAUCUAGAUUUUUCAAAACUGGAGAAGAAAUCCCAUCCCCAGAACCCUGAUAUUUUAUACCUCAGCAUAACUCUUGAUGGCUUAGUUUCAGUGCUCUUGGAUUUUUUGACAUUAAAAAGUCGGUUUCUGUUCUGGAAUUCGGGCAUUGUUGCUUUUGUUCUAGUGAUUACAGGGCACAUAUUAGGAGUUUUUGUUCUGUCAAAUGACUGCCUAUGUAAGCACAUUUAUAAGCUUGUUUUCCUUGUACUGGUUGAGGGACUCGACGGGACCAAAUUAUUUGGAAACAGCAUGACAGGUUGAAACUACAUUGUUGACACUUGACAUGGAAUGGGAAAGUGUA